AUGAAGGAAAUGAAUGUUUUUCGCGUGCUAGCGGACCUGUCCCAUAUCUCAUCGAAAUGCAUACUGAUGUGGGCGAUCCAUCGCAACAAGAGCGCGGAAGGUGUCUCCCUACUUACGCAAAUGCUUUAUGCUGCUGUUUUUGUUACCCGAUACCUUGACAUCUUCCGAUUUGUAAACUAUCUUGUUUUCUUCAAGCUCUUCUACAUACUGUCAUCCUUCUACAUCAUCUUCUUGAUGAUGAAAGUCUAUCCGCGGACCCGCGAGAGAGAGCGGGCAUGGAAGAUGGCCCUUGGCUCCGUUGUCACAGCCAUUGUUCUAGCGCCUAUUGUGACUCCUAUCUUCUACAAGGACAAUUUUGCCAGACAUUGGUUUACUGAGCUCCUCCUAUUGCGCCAGACAACUGUUCCCACGGUUAUCGACUCAUACUACCUGCUCACUCUGGGUUCAUAUCGCGCAUUCUACAUCCUCAACUGGCUUGUGCGUGGGUUUGGCUCUGAACAUCACUGGGAUCCAGUCGCGAUGAUUUUUGGUAUCAUUCAGACUGCUUUCUACGCCGACUUCGCUUGGGUGUAUUAUUCCCGCCAACGCGUUAAGCUUCGAAAUGGUGGCGUGGUGGAUUCCGAAGACUAUGGCAAAAGCUGGCUUGUAAACAAAGUGUUCACUAUCCGGCGGCGUCGAGAGAGCCUGGACGAGGAGCAGAACCUCCACACAGAAGGGGUGGAAGGCAACGGAGGAGCUGGUACGGAGAGGCCCAGCAACAACCGCUGGGGUGCUCGAGGCAUUUCCAUCUCAGCUGACGACACUUUGGACGAGUACAAUCGGCGCACUCCCCAUGACGAGGGCAACGAGGGUAUGGAGGGAUUCCUGGAGGAUGAGGAUGACAACCUUGAUCAUCAAACGAACGAGCAAAGCCCACUGCAUAUAGCACCCACUAGGCCCAAUCAUGACUGA